CAGGUCUAUGCAUUAUUGUCAUAAUUUCGUGUACAUUUGGCUUAUUCGUAUUCUAUUCUAUUUAUUAUUUGACUAAGUAUACUUCGAUUAUGAAACGAAAUAAAUAAAUCAAAAUAAUUAUAAACAUGGAUAACACGGAAACUAAGAUGCAACAAGAUGUUUCUAAGAAAAAUUCUCUUGACGAACUGUCCAAAGAGGAACUGAUUACGAAAUGUAAAAGCUUGCUUCUAAUUGCUCAAAAAGCAAGGAUAUCCAAGCAAGAGCUUCAAGGUGUAAUAGACCAAUAUAUAGUGAAAGAACAGGAAUAUGAAAACUCAAAGAAACAAUAUGAUGAAAAAAUUCAUACUCUUGAAGAACUUGCUAAUUCUCUUACUGAGCAGAAACUUAACUACAUAACUGACCUUGAGUCUGCCCAGAAUAAAUUGAAAAAUUUAAAUCAACAGUGUAUAAAGUAUGAGGAAGAAAUAAAAAAUCACAAAGCAGAUUUAGUGAUAAAAGAAAAGAAAUACGCAGACUCAAUUAUCAAGUUAUCCAACCUCGACAGUGAAAAUAUAUCAUUCAAAAGACAAAAUACUAGACUUGUGGAGGAAAAUGAGCAGCUUGUUAACCAGCUGUCUGAGUUGGAAACAAAGAUAGAAGAGUUCAAUAAUAUUGGACUACAGCAAAGAAAACAAUUAAAGGUGUUAGAAGAAAAACUCCAGUCAGAAUCUGCAUUUGAAGCAACAUUUAAAGAACUUAACGACAAAAUUGCUGAUCUAGAAAGUAAACUUCAAUCAUCAGUAAACACUGAUGAAGAUAAGAAUAAACCAGUUGAAUAUGAAAAUAAGAUAAAGGAGUUAACACAACUGUAUGAGAAUGAAAAAAUCAACCAAGAAAAAUCUAGCAUUAAAUUAAAAAGUUACAGAGAUAAAAUAUCUAAAUGUGCUGCUUGUAUAUCUCAACUUAAAAAUUCCAGAUUCAUAUUAUCAAAAACAGUUAAAGAAUAUUCAGAAAACAUUCCUAAAUGGCAAAAUGACAUUAUCGCGGCUUCCGUCGUUUUAGAUGGCCAGUUAAAAAAGCUUAAUGAAGAAAAUAAUAGGUUAAAAGAUAAGUUAGCCGUAUUAGAGGAGCAAUUAAAACAACAGACGAGUGUAACAGACUGUGAUGCUACUGUACCUAUGUUAAAAGAAGAAGUUCAGGCCCUAAGAAACCAAAUUAUCCAAUUACAAAAUCAAAAAGGUAAUUUGGAACAAAAUAACAAUGAACUAACAAAACAUUUACAAACUCUUAAAGAUAAUAUCCAAGAUAGUGAUAACAUAAAACGUGAACUGGAAAAAUUAGGAGAAAAAUAUGAAGCUUUAUUAAACAGGAACACAGAAUUGGAAAAGACAGAGACCAAAAAUUCUGAACUCAUUGACCAGCUACAGAAAAAAAAUACAAAUAAUGAAGUUAUUGAACAUUUGAAAUUACAAAUAAGAGCUUUGGAAAGUGAAAAAUCUACACUAGUCAAAGAAAAACUUAAUGCUAGGGACAUGUCUCUGGAAUUAGAAGGGAAAAAUAAUACCUUAACCAGUCAAGUACAAAAAAUGCAAAAUGAUAUACAUAAUUUGAACUUAAAAAUUAACGAAUUACUGAAAGAGAACGAAAUUUUACAGGAACGUGCGAAAUCUGAAAAAGAUGGGCAAGUCAGUGUGUUAAAAUGUCAAGUGGCAGCUCUUCAAGAGCAGCAUGAUUUACUGAAAAAAGAGUAUGAAAGUAUGGUCGAUAUUAAUGGAUUAUUAAAGGAAGAAGUUGAAACUCUGAAAUUAUCUUUAGAACAGCCCAAAGAUGAGUCCGAUAAUAUGUCUGAAUUAAAUGUAUCUUUGCAAACAGAUAUUGUAAAGUUGGAAACAAAAUUGUCGGCGUACAAACAGGAAAAUGCUUCACUUAUAGCCGAAGUUAAAGAAUCGCGUUCGAAACUAAAAGAGUUUGAUAGUCUAGUAGCUGAAAAUGAAGAUGCAAAAUUAAAAAUUUCCAGUUAUAAAACGGAAAACGCAGAGUUACUAAACGAAAUGAAAGAAAUAAAUCAAGUACUUAAAGAACGUGGUGAGAGUAUAUCUAAAUUACAAAAAGCUAUUGGUGAAAUGGAGAGGUUAAUAGAUACAUUAGAAAAAGACAGGGAUAUCUCUAAUCAGGAAAAAGACGAACUUCGUAAAACAAUAGGAGUGUUAGAACAUGAUUUAACUAAUGCAAAACAGAAAACUACUGAAGAGAGUGACAUAAGCCAGAAGUUAUUAUCUGACAGAGAAACUGCAAUAAAGAGCUUGGCUGAAAAAGAAGCUGUAAUUUUGGCUUUAAGGGAAGAAAUAGAGAAACUUAAACAACAGUCUUGUUCUGCUGCGGACAUAAGUAAUGAAGAUAUGUCUACUUCAACGAUAUCUAAAGCUGAAGAAUAUUCCCGUAUGCGAGAUUUAGAUGAAACUUUUGAGGAAAAGUACACGAAGCUACGAAUUUUUGCUUUAAAACUAAAAAAGAAGUUGAAUGAAACCAUGAUGCAACUGCAAAGCGCAGAAAAAGAAAAAGAGAAACUUGCUAAGUUACUUGAAGAGACUCCCAAAACAAUGGUAGCCUCGAAUGACGAGGUCGAUCACGGGGACGCGGACCAGACUCAGCAGGAACAAAGAAACCAGGCUCUCAUAUCUGAACUCGAGACAAAAGUCCAAAGUCUCACUCUCUCUGUCCAGUCAAUGGAAAGUUCUACGAGUGAAUUACAGCUACUUAAAGGCGAACUUGCAAGUGUAAACCAGAGGUUAGAAGCUGAAAUAGAGGCACACAAGGCUACAAAGGAAAGCCUGGAUAAAGCUCGUCGCGAUGUUAAGAAAAAAGAUGUUCUCAGCCUAGAAAUGGAAGAUUAUGAGAAAUCAAUGAAAGAUUUAACUUCAAAGAUGCAAGAAAACAAGAAAAAAAUAGUACAGAUGGAGUCUACAAUCGAUACGCAAGAAGGAACCAUCGCCUCAAUGAAAGUACAAAUUAAUCUGUUAGAAGAACAAAUAAAAGCUGAAGAAACACAGAACCGGUUGAUCCGAGAGGAAUUACAGAAUGCUAUCGACGAGUCAAAAGAAAAGGACGAAAUCAUUCAAGCAAAAAAUAACAUCAUUGCAAAAUUAGAGCUAGAAGUAGAGGACGAGAAGCGGAAAAAUGAGGAAUCAAACCUUGAGACUACCUCGUUACUGAGUGAUAAAGAAAAGAUAAUCAUCAGUCUCGGCCAGGACAAGGCGGAAUUGAAUAACAAAAUGAAACGAAUAGAGUUCAAGUGCGCUGAACUAAAUGACCAAUUGAAUAUCACAAAAAUUGAGUUGGAGGAUUUGAAGACUGAACAUGCUAGUUAUAAGGUUAGAGCUCAAGCCGUGCUACGACAAAAUCAGACAGUAGAUCACAGCCAGGAGGAGCGGCUGAAGGAAGAAGCCGCUGCGUUCAAGGCUCACAUUGAAACCCUUACGUCUAAACUGGCGACCGUCCAGUCGCAGUGCUCCGCGGCAGAGGAGGAGGCGACGGCGGCGCGGCGGCGCGUGGCGGAGUCUGCGGGCGAGCUGGCGCGGGCCCAGCAGCGGGCGACCAGGCUGCACGCCGACCUCGCGCGCCUCACCCACCAACUCGAAACCGAGCGGACGCACCACAAGCUACAAGUAUCAACACUUACACAAUGCUACAAGACGCAAAUGGCAGACAUGGAGGCGCGGCACCACGCGGAGUGUGACGAGCUAAGGAACCAGCUGACGAUCGCGCAGGAGACCGCGCCGCUGCCGCUGCCCGACCUCGACAACCGCAACUACGUGCCCGUCAUACCCAAGGAGGACAGCGACUCGGAGAUCGAUAUAAAUGUGUCCAUGAUACCGAGAGAAGAAGGAGAGGGUUCAGAGUCGGCGCCAUCGCCACCACCAUCAAAGUACAAAGCCGAAGGGACGAAAGGCGGCGCGCGUUCGCCGGUGCCGCUGGAGCGGCUGCUGGAGGAAGGCGUGCCCGAGGACGAGGCCUCCGACGCUGCGGCCCUCGGCCUCACGCCGGACCAGGAGAUCCUGGACCUGCGCCGCAAGCUGAUGUCGCAGCAGCAGAGAGUGAAACACGUGACCGUCCUGCUGUCGGAGUCGGAGCGGGAGUGCGCGCGCAUGGCGCAGCUGAGCGAGCUACUGAAGGGCGAGCUGCGGCGCGUGCGCGGCGCCGCCGGCAACUCCGCGCACAACGCCGAGUACAUGAAGAACGUCACGCUCAAGUUCCUGACGCUACCUCCGGGUGACGAGCGCAGCCGGCUGGUGCCCGUGCUGCAGAAGAUCCUGUCGCUGACCAAUGACGAGACGAGCAAAAUUCAGGCAGUUGCUAAAGGAAUGGAUCCAAAUCCAAAAGGCUGGGGAAGCUACCUGCCUUGGCCUGGGGGAAAAUAGCGUUGUAUUUUUGUAGCCGUAUGCUUUGAUGAAAUUAGAAAUAAAAAUAAAAAGGUUAAACAAAUAAAUUAAAUACUUUAUAUAUAAAAAAUGUUACAUUGGUUGUAGGUAUCAGUGAAAUUAAUUUCAAAAGUAUGUAAUUUUGGCAGUUAAUAAUUGUUUGAUCGAGAAAUAAUGUACUCUUACUUAAUUAUGCUAGCCGCCUGACGUGUCUCGAUUACCCGCGCCAGUCUCCUCCAGUUAAUUAUUCCUAAAUAUGAUUAUAACUUGAAUAAUUACUGUUCUUAAAUGAAAUAACGCGUUGAACACGAAAUAAGGAGGAUUAAGAGGGUAAACUAUAAAAACACAAACUUUUUCAUUCCUAUUGCUAUUUUUAUUUAAGAAAUGUAAUAAAAAUGUGCUUUAUACUAUCUUUACGAGUACGUACAUAUGUAUAUCGUAACAUAUAGGUAUUUGUAUGAAUUUUUAACUUCUUUAAGUAUUAUACUUAGUUGUUUUGUAUUAUAUUCGUUUUUAGUUCAGGAAAUCAUAUUUGUGUGAAAGGACAUACAACACACAUAACAUUACAACAUACAUGACGUGACCGUUUAUAUUUUAUUUGGCUUUACCAGUUUGUAUUUAAUAGUUACUCUAUCAUUGUUAUAUAUUUUAUUUGCGAAAUUUAGCUCAUUAAAUUAUACUAUUUAAGGAAUUUAUUACUGUGUAGUGCAUUAAUGGACCCCUCGAACAGAGGCGUAUUUACAAUUCUGGCGCCCCGGGCCAUUUUGAUUUGCCGCCCCCCUUCAUCAGUGACGAUAAAGUAUUUUAUUUAAGAAAAAAAAACCUGCAACAAAAGUAUCUUUGGGGUGUGAAAUAUAAAAAAAACUAAACAUUUACCAUUUACUCACAUAGACAUUUACAUUGUUUUCCUAUGUACAAAUUGGUUGACAAAAUCAUCAAUGACGCUGUCGUAAUUUAAAACGUUUGUCAGCUCAGCUUCUAUAUUAAGAAGAGAUAAGCUAUUCAGGCGCUCUUCGCUGAUAGUGGAACGUAGAUAAUUUUUUAUUCUUUUGAGUGCAGAAAGGUGACGUCACUAAUGUCACUAUUCUAGAUACAGAUUUGUAUGGGCCGUUUUUGUCACUCAAUGACGAUGCGACCUCGUUAUAUUUGCCUGAUCUGAUCGGUGACCGGUGGGUACUGCAUGGGUUUAGGCCAUUGAGAAUCAAGGUGAGGCAUUGGCAGUCAGGCUGGAUAUAGCUAAGGAGUUCGGUCGGGUCUGGCAUCGAGUCUGCUCGAGGGACUAUGUUAUACAAAUGGAUCGCUAGCUUUUUUUCCGGUAGACGCAUAUGAGCCGUAUAGUAGACGGAAGCUGCUCCGAUAGUGUGGACAUCGCUGGCGUUGCACUUAGGUUCUGUGCUGUCAUUGCUGCAUAUCAAUGAUAAUCAUUGCUAUGCAGACGACAGUAGUAGGGAUGCGUAUUUCACAGGCCGUGCCAUUAUCCCUCAUUCUGUGGUGCUGGAAAGUCAUGAAAAGUAUUGUAUUUGUAUCUGAUAUCGAGAGCACUCUAUCUAUACUGAGUUUCGGCAUGGGAUCGGAACAAUUUAGUGAGAUUCAAUACCACGAAGACACAAGAACCGCCGAAUGUAGUCAGAUGGGUCACAAAUAAUGUUGGUGGGUAAGUGAAAACGUGAGCGUAGCGAGCGCGAAAUUUUUUCGAGUAAAUAGUAGGUAAAAAUUUUAGGGUUCCGUACUUCAAAAGGAAAAAAACGGAAUCCAUAUAGGAUCACUUUGUUGUCCGUCCGGCCGUCUGUCUGUCUCAAUAUAAUGGGUCUUGACAUGACAGAGGGCGGCAAAAUCGACAAAUAAUGCUUGUUUUUUAAUUUUUACAGCAAAUAAAAUAUUUUUUGACCCAAAUUUGCCGCCCCCUAAAAUCUGCCGCCCUAGGCUUCAGCCUACUCAGCCUAGUGGUAAAUCCGGCACUGCGCCGUACUAAUACUUCUUGAACGAAAAUGUUGCUUAAUUUAGGUACUUGUUGGUAGAUAUCGUUUGUUUAUUAAUUUCAGGGGCUACCCGAGGUUUUCAUGGAUUUUUGACAUGUUUUGAAUCGUAUAUCUCCUUUUUUUGCACUACAGAUAGAAUUAUAAGACAAAAGGUUAUCGGUUUUUCGAUCUUUUAUCUCCGGUUUUGUCCACCGGAUUUUGAAAAAAAAAAUACUAAUUUUUUUAUGAAUUUUUUAAACAUUGUCUAAAAAAACACUUUUUUCGUACUUAUCUAGUUUGCAGUGAAGGAUCUUACAUGUACGAAAUCUAAAUAUUUGGGUUCGUCUUUUACGUCUCGAAAAACGUGUCCAGGGUUUUAAUUUUAAACUAAUUAACACAAAAGUUAUGGCCAGCAAACCAGUUUUUUAGCCUAAAAUUGUUCAACUUUGAUGCCAAAUAUCUCGAAGACAAUGAACUUAGAAGUAAAUAUGGGAUACUAUAUUGCUUAAAGGCGUUGCUGUUAAUAUAAUAAGCUACAAAAAACAUUAGAAAACUAAGGGAUUCAGAUCGAAGGUCAUUGGCGUGGGGUAGCCCCUUAAAUGUCAAUUAAAAUAUAAUAAAAAAUAUAGCUAAGUUUGAUUAUAAAAGGCGCCCAGAAAAAGCCGCGAGGCUUCGCCGCCCCCCCGCGGCCUGCCGCCCCGGGCCAUGGCCCCCUUGGCCCUAGGGUAAAUACGCCCCUGCCCUCGAAUAUUAAUAGGUGCCUAUUCAAACUUGUUUCAUUAUUAAAAUGAUCGCGGUCAUUAAGCAGUGACAUCAUUUUCAAUGGCAAAAAUGAUAAUAAACAUUAAUUUGAAUAAUAAAUGCCAUCAAGUUUGGAACCGGAUGUCUGUAUUACCUAAUAUAACAAGUAUAGUGUCAGCCUGGUGAAUCUGUUUUAAUUGCAUAUUACUAGAUUACUACAUUAAAAUAUUGUGUUCGCCUCGAAGUUAAUGCUUCAGGCGUUGUUCGUGCAUUUCACACUCAAGAUUCUAUAUGAUGUGCAAACUAUUACCACUAAAAAUAAACAUUAAUUAUAAUUUAGGUUUAUGUCGAUAAUUACUUAUGCAUACUGAUUUAGAUUCAGAUACAAUAUCCAGUAUUUUCUUUUUCCUAAUGAACUUAUAUUUCGUCGCAUACUAUAUUAAGCAUAUAUAUUUUCAGUAGGUACAUACUUAAUAAAAACAUGUAGGCCAUAAUGGUAAUAAGGUCUUAACGUUGUAGAAACCCCAAGAAAAGGAAUUAAAUCCCCUUAUUGUCGGAGAGCCAAACUAUUAUCUAAAAAGUCUCUGGCUCUUAUUUUCUUGCUUCUAUUAUAAUUCUCUUUAAAUUAGGAUAGCGUCGAAUUAGGUUACAUGGGGAUUUCGUAAGACAUAUUGUUAGAAUAUAUUAACUCGGUUGGUUCACUUUUCACCACACCCGCACGGAAAUGGUCUCUUUUAUUUGCAAACAUUGAUGAUUUUGAAAUUUUUAAGUUGUUUCUUCACUUUAGCUAGUGGGUUUGACUCAACAUUUGACUGAAGAAGAAGAAAAGAUGCAUAGAAGGGAUGAGGUUGAAUGGUAAAUAUUAUAGACGUGAGACGCAAUGACAUUGAACUAAGAUAUUGGACAGAUGGAAUACCACCCUAAGCAAUAUAGGUACCUAAACAACAACUUGAGCAAACUUGUAUAAUAAAUACGGCAGUGCAUCUCCUGCAUAUACAACACAGAUGACUUAUAUUUAAAAAGACGGGCACAAGACGGGCACUAAGGCUAACUACCUAGCCUUAGUGCGCUGAACUCAGCGGUGUCACUCUCGAAUUCGAGCCAAUCGUGCAGUCUAACGCAACUAGUUGCGACCAAUCGCGCGCGUGAUACUAACUCAUUAACCAAUCGCGUUGUGGCGUUAGACUGCACGAUUGGCUCGAAUUCGUGUGCGUGACACCGCUGUACUGGCCCCUUUCUUAGUGCCUAUAUAGGCCCGUCUUUACGAGUAAAAUGUAAAACACCGAGGCCUUAUGAUUGGCUGUUCCAAGCCUCCGUGUCAAAUGUAGGAGGUCAUUACAUAUAGAUGGUCAAGCAAAUCUUGUCAGUAGAAAAAGGCGCGAAAUUCAAAUUUUAUAUGAGACGAAAUCCCUUCGCGCCUACGUUUUUAGGGUUCCGUACCCAAAGGGUAAAAACGGGACCCUGUUACUAAGACUCCGUUGUCCGUCCGUCCGUCCGUCUGUCACCAGGCUGUAUCUCGUGAUCUGUGAUAGCUAGACAGCUGAAAUUUUCACAGAUGAUAUAUUUCUGUUGCCGCUAUAACAACAAAUACUAAAAACAGGAUAAAAUAAUGAUUUAAGUGGGGCUCCCAUAAAACAAACGUGAUUUUUGACCGAAGUUAAGCAACGUCGGGCGGGGUCAGUACUUGGAUGGGUGACCGUUUUUAUAGAUAAUGGUACGGAACCCUUCGUGUGCGAGUCCGACUCGCACUUGGCCGGUUUUUUUAAAUUUGCCGCCUUUUUCUACUGACAAGAUCUGCUUGACCAACUAUAUUUCGGAAGGAAAUACCUACUACAGUGGGACAUAAAAUAGUAGAAAAUAGAAUGGAACUAAAAAAAAAUCAUACUAAAUUGUUGCCAUGUUUAAGCAUUUUACGUCAAAAAUGUGUCCUUCACAGACAAAGUGGAGCCCUUAUUUAAUUUCUAUUAUUUUAUUUUAUGUCGCAAUAUACUACUAACCAGUUUGUUUAAAUAAUUAUAAGAAAUGUAGAUGAAAUAGAUUUAUAAAUAAAUUUAUUUAUAUGUAGAUAAAUAAUAAAACACUUAUAUAAUUCAGAA